AUGAUGCUGUGUGUUCUAAAUACGUUACUCUCAUUUCCAGAAUAUAUCGGACCAUCUCUUCAGUUCCCUGUUGCCGCACCAACUUUUGCUGUAGGAGGACUCAGAGCAAAGAUCGAGUCAUGGGUGGAAACAUACGAAGAUUUUAUUGGAAUUGAAAUAGUAAAACAUGCUCAAGAAGGAGUUGUGAUGUGGAAGCAGGAGCUCAGCGAAGCUCAGUUUGCACGACGAGAUAAGCAGAUGGAGAUCAAAAGUUUACAUUCUCGGCUUAAAGGCAUCAACCCACGAAUCUAG